UCCCGCCUCUUUUGAUUUGAUAGUGGAAGUUCCAUCCCUGGGUAUGGAAUCCAACAGGGUUUUGCUGGAUUUUCAAAUUCCAAUCCAAGAUGCCGUUUCUAGACUUCAAUUUGCGCCUCUUUCUAAUAAUCUCCUAGUUUCUUCCUGGGACUCUAUUCUUCGCUUGUAUGAUGCUGAUAAUUGUACACUGAGACUUGAAGUUGCAUCUGAAGCUGCGCUACUGGAUUGUUGCUUCCAGAAUGAAUCAUUAGCUUUGAGCGCUGCUUCUGAUGGCUGCAUAAGAAGGUACGAAUUGCAAUCAGGGAUAUUUGAGACUGUUGGAAAGCACGGUGAUAGUGUAACCCAUAUUAGAUAUUCUGAUCAAACGUGCCAAAUAGUAACAGCAGGGUUGGAUGGGAAGAUACAGUUGUGGGACACACGUAACAAAAAGUCUCCAUCAUUUGUGAGAAAUAUGGGUUCAGAUGUGGUAUCCAUGUCUCUGUCUGGAUUUAAUUUAAUUGUGGCUUCUGGAGCAUGUGUAUAUUUAUUGGACUUACGGAACCUAGAGAAAUCAAUUCAACUGAAAGAUUCUUACAUGAAAGUUCCAGUAGCCUGUGUUAGCUCAGUUCCUUAUAGGGAAGGAGUUGCAGUUGGAUCAGUAGAUGGACGUGUAGCUCUGGAUAUUGCUUGUCUGGACCAAACAGAUGACAUUAGAUAUAUUUUUAGGUGUCACCCGAAGUCAAAAGCCGCAAAAAACCAUUUGGAGUCGGUGAAUGAUAUUGUGUUUAAUCCAAUACAUCAUGGUGCCUUUGCUACGGGUGAUAAUGCAGGCUUUGUCAGCAUAUGGGAUUUCCAAAGAAAGACAAGAAUACUUGAGUUACCUAGAUUUCCAAAUAGUGUGGCUUCUUUAUCUUACAACUGCGGAGGGGAACUUUUGGCUGUUGCUUCAAGUUGUACGUACCAAGAAGCUAAUGAAAGAGAAGAGCCUCCUCAAGUGUUCUUACAUAAUGUAAAGGAGAAGUAAAAUCUCAAAUCCUUUUCUGCUUCUUCCACUGGAUAACAUAACGUACCCGAUCAUGCCUUGCUUCCCACAAAAAGGGAUCAAAAUUCAUGAUGGAUUUUAAUAAAAAAAUAUGACGAUUUGUCAAAUUUUUACAAGGUGGGAAAGGAAGCUGAAUAGCGAUGGCGUUGUAUUACUGUCGAAUUAAUUGAAUUGAUAUAAGACACAUAGUGGAGCUUCAUUGGCGUUGCAUUUUAUCUAUUUGAUGUUCUUUUUUCCCUUUUAAGAUGUGGAGUUUGGAAUUGGUGAGUAUUGCUAAACUAAAUGAGUUAUGUUGGAAUAUUCAACUACAUGCCUUCUCUUGGGAUGGAAUUUAUUUCCACUUUGUGAUCAUUUUACACGUUA